UUUCUUUCAUCACGAAUGUCAUUGAAUACUGGUGGAUGUUCUCGAUUUGGUAGCACGCUGGUCAUCGCUGAACACGAUGACACCACUCUUACCCCGAUUACGCUUAACGCCAUCACGGCUGCUGGAAAGCUUGGAGAUGACGUCGCUGUCCUCGUAACUGGAGCGAAUGCAUCGAAAGUCGCUGAGCAGGUAGCCAAGAUAUCUGGUGUUAAGAAGGUGCUUGUCGCUCAAGACGAUAAACUCAAAAACAAUCUGCCUGAGCGUGUUACACCUGUCGUACUCGCUUCACAAAAGCAGUUCAACUUUUCAUCAAUAGUUGCUGGUGCAUCGGCAUUCGGACGAAGCGUGAUUCCCCGAAUAGCGGCUAAGCUUGACUGUGCACCGAUCAGUGAAGUUACGGAGGUGCACUCUGCUGAUACAUUCACUCGUACGCAGUACGCAGGAAAUGCUAUUGUUAAGGUACAAAGUUCAGCGCCUGUAAAGGUUAUGACGUUCCGGAGCACGUCUUUUACACCAGCAUCACAGGGCGGGAACGGCUCUAUCGAGAACGCUCCUUCUGCUGAUGUCAAGGUAGAGUCAUCAGAAUUUAUCGGUCAAGAAUUAAGUAAAUCUGAACGACCCGAUCUCACCACCGCUAAGAUUGUUGUCUCUGGUGGACGAGGACUAAAAAGUGGUGACAAUUUUAAACUCAUUUAUGAUCUAGCCGAUAAACUUGGUGCUGGAGUCGGUGCAUCACGUGCAGCCGUUGAUGCUGGCUUCGUCCACAACGAUAUGCAAGUCGGACAAACAGGGAAGAUAGUUGCUCCAGAGCUGUAUAUCGCUGUAGGAAUCUCUGGUGCAAUUCAGCAUUUAGCAGGAAUGAAAGAUAGCAAGGUUAUCGUCGCAAUCAACAAGGAUCCUGAUGCCCCAAUAUUCCAGGUGGCCGACUUUGGCUUGAAAGCCGAUCUGUUCAAAGCGGUCCCAGAAAUGAUCGCUGCUCUGUAG